AUGGCCGGGCCGGGGCGGGCGCAGGAGGCCCUGCAGCAGCGCUACCGCCUGGGUUCCCUGCUGGGGCGCGGCGGAUUCGGCAGCGUCUGGUCGGGGACGCGGCUCUCGGACGGCGCCCCGGUCGCCAUCAAAAGGGUGCCACGGAAUCGCAUCCGGCACUGGAGCGAGCUGCCGGACGGCACCAGCGCUCCCCUGGAGGUUGUGCUGCAGGACAAGGUGUCCACUGGCUUCCCCGGUGUCGUCCAGCUGCUGGAGUGGCUUCAGCUCCCCAGCGACAUUGUCAUGGUGCUGGAGCGGCCAGAGCAGUCUCAGGACCUCCUGCAUUUCAUUCAAGCACGGGGGUUCCUGCGCGAGGAGGUGGCGCGGCCGCUGUUCCGCCAGGUGCUGGAGGCCGUGCGGCACUGCACCAGCUGCGGGGUCCUCCACAGGGAUAUCAAACCAGAGAACAUCCUGGUUGACCUGGCCACCGGGCAGGCUAAGCUGAUCGACUUUGGCUGUGGCACCUACCUGCAAGACACAGCCUACACUCACUUUGCAGGAACACCAUCAUACAGCCCCCCGGAAUGGACCCGCUUUGGCUGGUACCAUGGCGAGCCAGCUACCAUCUGGUCCCUGGGCAUCCUGCUGCACGAGAUGGUCUGUGGGAAGAUGCCUUUCAGGAGGGGCUGGAACUUCAGCUGGGGCCAGCUCUCACUGCCACAACGGCUCUCUCCAGAGUGCCAAAAUCUGAUUGGGUGGUGUUUAUCCAUGCACUCCUUGGCCAGACCCUCAUUAGAAGAGGUGUUCUGUCAUCCUUGGAUGCAGGAUAUUCCUCUGCCAUAGAAGAAGGGAGAGAGCCACAGGCACACUUUGAUCCAGGGCCCUAAGGAAGCUGAAUUCUAGGUGGUCCAGUCUGGAUUGGGAAGUGCUUGGGACCAGCUGCGGCAUGGAUGGGCCGUGCCCUUGGAGCAGGCUGAGGACAUCGUUUGGGACCAGCUUUUCUUCCAGCCGU